AUGUCUCCCCCUAUGAAAGCUUUUAUCAUGUUUGUUAUUCUUGUGCUUGGCGUUAGAAAUAAGUGCUCUGCCUCAAGGGCUAUCAGAAAAAGACCCAUACUUGGCAGAUCAUUGAUUGCCUCGGCUUCAAAGUCCUCCAAUCCCUAUGGCGGAAAUUCCAAUGUGGUUGAUGUAACAACAUUGGGUGCCAAGGGCGACGGAGUAACUGAUGAUACCCAGGCAUUUCAGGCAGCGUGGAAAGCAGCUUGUGUCUUAGACUCUGCCACACUACACAUUCCAGCUGGGUACCGCUUUCUGGUUGGUCCUCUCACCUUCUCAGGACCCUGCAAUUCAAACAUCCUCUUGAAGGUUGAUGGAACUGUUAUCGCUCCGAUUAAUCCAAAGGCAUGGGCAUCUAAACCAUUGAACUGGAUAAAUAUUUCAAAACUCAAUGGUAUUACUAUUCUUGGCAGAGGAACCUUUGACGGCCAAGGGGCAGCUUGGUGGAAGCUUUCUCAAUCGUACUAUAAGUAUAGCAGCAAAGGCGGGAGUACUUUACCAAGCGUCAGGCCUACGGCAUUGAGAUUCUAUGGAAGCUAUGACGUCAGCGUACAGGGCAUCACAAUACAAAACAGUCCACAGUGUCAUCUCAAAUUCGACAGUUGCACUUUUGUUACAGUAGCUAACGUCACAAUCUCGUCUCCUGCAAACAGCCCAAACACAGACGGAAUUCAUCUCCAGAAUUCUGAAGAUGUUGAAAUACACCAUACUUCAAUGGCAUGCGGAGACGAUUGCGUGUCAAUACAAACAGGUUGCUCAGGCAUCCGCGUUCAUAAUAUCAAUUGCGGCCCUGGUCACGGCAUCAGUAUUGGAGGACUUGGCAAAGAUGGAACGAAGGCCUGCGUUUCCAACGUGAGUGUCUAUGACAGCAACAUCCAUGAUGCUUCCAACGGCGUUCGGAUCAAAACAUGGCAGGGUGGAAUUGGGCAGGUGAAAAGAGUAUCAUUCUCAAACAUACAGGUUUCCAACGUAAGAGUACCCAUUGAUAUUGAUCAAUUUUAUUGUGAUAAGAAGUCGUGCCCCAAUCAAACAUCAGGGGUAUAUAUAUCAGACGUUACUUAUGAAAAGAUCACAGGCACUUACGUGCAAAAUCCAGUUUAUAUCGCAUGCAGCGAGAAUGUCCCAUGCACUAAUUUAAAAUUGAUAAACAUUCAACUUCAGCCUGCUGUUGCAAAUGGAGUAGAUCCCUUCUGCUCGAAUAACUAUGGAGAACAACAAUCUAGUGUUGAGUGUCUUCAACCUAGAAGACCCCUUAACGACCCUUCCCAUACCCAGUCACCCGCAGAACAAUGUUAA